AUGGUGCUUAUAGCAGCUACAGUUUGUACAAAAUCGGGGAAAGCCCUAGUCUCUCGACAAUUUGUCGAAAUGACAAAAGCACGUAUAGAAGGCUUACUAGCUGCAUUUCCAAAACUAAUGACCGGAGGCCGUCAGCACACAUUUGUAGAAACUGAGUCAGUUAGAUAUGUAUACCAACCUCUUGACAAGCUGUACAUGUUACUUAUCACAACUAAAGCUAGUAACAUUCUGGAAGACUUGGAAACUUUAAGGCUUUUUAGUAGAGUUGUGCCAGAGUACUGCACGCAACUAACCGAAACAGAGGUGCUGAAUCAAGCCUUCAACUUAUUGUUCGCAUUUGAUGAAAUUGUUGCACUCGGAUACAGAGAAAGUGUGAACUUGGCCCAGGUUCGCUCCUUUGUGGAAAUGGAUUCUCAUGAAGAGAAAAUUUAUCAAGCUGUAAGACAGACUCAAGAGAGAGAAGCGGCUAACCGUAUGCGUGAACGCGCGAAGGAACUUCAAAGGGAAAGGCUGGAGGCAGCGAAACGCGGCCAAAAUCCGCGCUCCAAUGUAUCAUUUGGCAGUGGUUUCGGAAGUUCUUCCAUGCCACCAUCUUCUACCAGCGAGCCCAUGAUAGAAAAAAUACCAACUACCCCGGCGCGUGAAAAUCGUCCGACAAUUCGUUCCGCUAUGAAGCUUGGCUCGCGGGGCACUGAUGCGGACUCGUUCGUGUCGCGGCUGGCGAAGGAGGGAGACGUUGCCGCUAUAACGCCACAAAUCGCCGCUGCCACUAAGGACAUCGCGCCAAUCGCCGCUGAUCACAAAGACGUACACUUACGAUUUGAAGAGAGGCUGAGCUUGACGGCUGGGCGUGACGGCGACAUACAGAACUUUGAACUCUCUGGCCUUCUAACACUGAGGAUCACAAAUGAACAGUACGGUCGCAUUCAUGUGCACAUCGACAAUAAAGAUACAAGGCCUUUACAGUUGCAGACCCAUCCUAACGUAGACAAAGAGGCAUUCCGUUCGAGCGGUGUGAUUGGUCUCAAACAAGUGCAGAGACCGUUCCCAAUGAACAGCGACGUCGGAGUGUUAAAAUGGCGGCUCACUAGCUCGAAUGAUGAUAAGUUAGCUCCACUAUCAGUGAACUGUUGGCCAUCAGAAGGAACUGGCGGUGGCUGCGAUGUAAACAUAGAGUUUGAGUUAGAGCAAGAACAUCUCACCCUCACCGAUGUGAAUAUCAACAUUCCUUUGCCAUCUGGCAACACAACUUUGGUAGUACAUCAGUGGGAAGGUAGCUAUACGCAAAAAGGACGCACAUUGCUUUGGAACAUUCCAGUUGUAAAUAAACAACAAAAAACUGGCAGUCUGGAAUUCACUGUAACUCCGGCGAUACCUAACGACUUCUUCCCAAUAACUGUCACCUGGACGUCGGACACGUCACUAGCUCAACUGACAGCUGUCAAAGUGACGCAAGCCGACGACGGCUCUCCGGUGGACUUCUCGCAAGACAUCAGCUUCCGCCCGGACAAAUAUGAAAUUGUGUAA